GUUGAAUUCCAAGUGAUGUGUCUAAUUGGGUAUGAGGUUAUGAUUUUAUGAUAUCAUGUCAAUGAUGGAAUGUGACGGUUGGUACAAUUCCCAAAAGUAACUGUUGGUAUUCGUAGGAUGGUACCGUAACUCUGCAUCGAUAGGCUUGCCUACGAAGUGAACGCUGGGAUGAGGGCUGUGAAUAUUCAUGGACUCUGGGCAUCCAUAUUGAACGAAACUCAGUGUAUUCUUUGCUUGGUGGAUCGAUGGUACAUAUGUGCUUCGAUUCAUCUGGACUCUGCUAGGAUAUAGCGAGUAGUAUAAAAGCGUCGGGAUCAAGGAGAUCGGUAUCACACCGUUUCUACAGUUCGUGCUGUGAAGAUCGAAGUUGAUCCUUGGCCUAGCAGAUAUAGGUGUAUCGGUUACUGUGGUUCGAACGAGUUGAGGCGUGAAAAGUGAAAAUCAUGGAGAAGUUCACGAUGUUUUUGUUCAGCUCUAACACAAUCUAUCUGCUAGUGGCCUGCUUUUUGGUGACUCUGAUUAUGCUACUCUCGGAAGUGAGGCAAAAAAUUAGUGUCAGAAGUGAUCUUGUGAAGCUGGUGAAGAGUUUCCUGUUCGGACAAUGGUUGUCAGUGUUUAUGCAGAACAGUCAGAAAAAGGCCAUCGGUACGGAAGUGAAAGUGCUACGCAGGGCUCCCGGCCCGAAGAGCUAUCCGAUCAUCGGAAAUUUGAAGGACUUGGAUGGCUACGAAGUUCCGUAUCAGGCGUUCAGCGUACUGGCGAAGAAAUAUGGACCAGUUGUGAAUCUAAAACUUGGUGUCGUCGAUGCAGUAGUUAUCAAUGGAAUCGAGCACAUCAAGGAAGUGUUGAUCAACAAGGCUCAGUACUUCGAUAGUCGCCCGAAUUUCCGCCGUUAUCAGCUGCUCUUCUCCGGAAACAAGGAGAACUCACUCGCAUUCUGUGACUGGUCCGAGGUCCAGAAAGCUCGUCGUGACAUGCUUGUGCCACACACCUUCCCACGUAACUUCUCCGGCCGUUUCAACGAGCUGAACGGCGUCAUCAACGACGAGAUCCGUUUGGUGAUUGGAGAAAGCAACGUGAAUAGAGUCAUCGAGAUCAAACCGAUCAUCAUGAACAUCUGCGCGAACGUCUUCUCGCAGUACUUUGCCAGUCACCGUUUUGAACUGGAAGACCCCAAAUUCCAAAAGCUGGUCAAGAACUUUGAUCAGAUUUUCUACGAAGUGAACCAAGGUUAUGCCGCGGAUUUCCUUCCGUUCCUGCUUCCAUUGCAUCACCGAAAUCUGAAGCGUAUGGAUCAGUUGGCCGAGGAAAUCCGUGAGAUCAUGCUUGAAACGAUCAUCAACGAUCGGUAUGAUAACUGGGUUGAAGGAAACACCGAGAACGACUAUGUCGACAGCUUGAUCAACCAUGUCAAGUCCAAGAUCGGCCCGGACAUGGAAUGGGAAACUGCUUUGUUCGCAUUGGAGGACAUCAUUGGCGGUCACUCGGCAGUGGCCAACUUCCUCGUCAAAACAUUCGGUUACAUCAUUCAACAUCCCGAAGUGCAGCAGAACAUCCAAUCAGAAGUGGACCGCGUACUUGAAACGGAAGGCAAACACACCGUAGACCUGUCCGAUCGCAACCACAUGCCAUACACGGAAGCCGUCAUCAUGGAAGCCCUGAGACUGAUCGCUUCUCCCAUCGUUCCACAUGUCGCCAACCAGGACAGCCAAAUUGGAGGUUACGAUGUGCCCAAAGACACGCUGAUCUUUCUCAACAACUACGACCUCAGCAUGUCGGAGAACCUCUGGGAUAACCCCAACGACUUCGUCCCCGAGCGUUUCCUGCAAAAUGGCCGCCUCGUCAAGCCGGACUUCUUCAUCCCCUUCGGAGCCGGCCGCCGCUCGUGCAUGGGCUACAAGAUGACGCAGCUGAUCAGUUUCUCAAUCAUCGCCAAUCUACUGAGAUCGUACACAAUCACACCGCUUUCCGGGCACUCCUACUUCGUUCCGGUGGGCUCGCUCGCAAUGCCGGAGAAGUCAUAUGAAUUUCAAAUCAACCUUCGACAUUGAAAUCCUCGAUCUCCUUCCGUCCCUCCAUCCUCCCUUUCCCCAUAGGAAAAAGAAGAACAUUCCAUACAAAUCGCCACAUGAUUGGCAAAAUACUCGUUCGUCAUCGAUCACCGCCACCACCCGAUUCGUAAUUUAAUUCCAUCGCUUCCUCAAAUCACUUCGAUUGGCGCGAAAUGCAAAUGUGUCCGCCAAAAAACAGAACUGAGGACACUUUGCAUACCUCGCCGGAGUCCUUGAAAGCACGUGCAUCCCCCUUAGGCGGAAGCGUACACCCCUGUCCCCCUCUUCCCCCACCCCUUUCCCCGGUCGACGUUUUCCCGCCACGCGUUUCAAGUGUAGGUGAAGAUCGUUCUUCUAUAUAGAGAGAGAGAGUUGAAAAUGUGAAAGUAUUCUUUGUAUUAUUACUAGUGUAUUGAAACAAUAUUGCCCGACUUUUGCUGUGAUGUAGUACAAGGAGAUCUCGAGAGUGAGAACUCUGCCGCUGAGAUAGAAACCGUAGAAGACAGAAAGUGAGAGUGAGCACUAGCAUUAUAUAGAUCCUUACUGUUUAAGAAAAAGGCAUACAUCCACACAUUACCAUGACUACUUAGCUUGUAGAUGAGCUCUAUCAACUGAUUACCUUUAUAUUUUACUCGUCGAUAGCUGUUGACUGCGGUGUCCUAGUUGUGCAUGUCGUUUUGUCCCAAGGAUACAUUAUAAUAUAUAUUCUGUUAAGUAAAUAUGUAGGACUGUAGUAGUAGCACGCGCGAAUGGGUUGCUAGACAGAGACCGAGAAAAUGUGCAUGAAGCGUUUGCCAAAGAUUAAGUGAAAACAAAAGUUCAAUGUCAAUUCGUCGACGUUCAUUCAUGGAAUUGAUUGGUUGAGACUAUGUAGUGUUGCACAAUGUAGGAACACGUCGAAUUAAAAUUGCUAAGCGAUUCUAGUGUAGGCUGAAGUGCGAUGAUGAUGCUUUGGCCUGAUAAAUUGAUAUCUGCUACGCGUAGAAGAAUGUAUGAAAUAAUAAAACUCGUAUAAUACACAUUACGCUUUGUUAUGUCUUUCUGAAUAUCACAACUGUACGCUCUUUACGGAAGUUCAAAUAAUCUUCCGAAGAUCGCACAUGGUGUGCCCUUGUAGAAGUUUUGUACCACGUGACAGUGGAAUCUGCAAAAUAAAAAGCAACUA